AUGCCUUCCGACUCCCCUGUUCUCCGUGACACAGCGUCCUCGCCUCCAUCACGUUCACCCUCUCCCUCCGGCAAUGACACGCUGACGCUUCGCGCCCUCGUUAGCACCAAGGAUGCUGGUGUUAUCAUUGGGAAAGCCGGCAAAAAUGUUGCUGAUCUCAGAGACCAUACUGGUGUCAAAGCUGGUGUCAGCAAAGUCGUUCCUGGAGUCCACGAGCGUGUCCUGACAGUAAGCGGUUCUGUAGAGGGCGUAGCUAAGGCGUAUGCUCUCAUUGUUUCGCAGCUAGUCUCAGCCAAUCCCUCAUCCCCUGUCUCUCCGAACUCACCUCCGCCAAACACCGCUAUUCGACUGCUCAUCUCACACAACCUCAUGGGAAGCGUCAUCGGGCGGAACGGGCUCAAGAUCAAAGCAAUACAAGACGCUUCCGGCGCGCGAAUGGUAGCAUCGAAGGACAUGUUACCGCAAUCUACCGAACGCAUUGUCGAGGUUCAGGGCUCAUCUGAAUCAAUAGGGCGCGCUAUCGAGGAGAUCGGUCGAUGUCUACUGGAGGAUUGGGAGAGAGGUCAGGGAACUGUACUUUUCCAUCCUGGUUCGGGAGACGAGAGAUCUGGGCGACGGUCUUCCAAUGCAAGUCGGAGGUACAACGGCGACGCUGGGCGCGGCCGAACUUCCCCUUCACCCAAUGCUCCACUCCAACAGCCCACCAACCUCCGUACUCAGAACAUAUCUAUUCCGUCCGAUAUGGUUGGUUGCAUCAUUGGUCGCAAUGGUACGAAAAUCACCGAAAUUCGCCGUUUGUCUGGAUCGAAGAUCUCUAUCGCCAAAGAGCCUCACGAUGAGACUGGCGAGCGGAUGUUCACGAUCGUAGGUACGCCGGAGGCGAACGAGAAGGCGCUAUUCCUCCUAUACAAUCAACUUGAAAGUGAGAAGGAGCGGAGAGUAGGCAGAGAUCAGCAACAGCAAGAAGAGAUGCAGGACUAA